AUGUGUGAGGAUGGUGGAAUCAUUAUGGAUAUCAUCUGGAAGGAUUUGGCCUCUGAUUCGUUUCUUGAUGGUAGUAACUUCAGUACUGAUAUUGAGCCAGGGCCUCUGCAUCUUACUUACAUCGGGGAUGAAAAUGAAGGAGAAGGUCAGGGCAUGCUAGUGGACAUGACAUUAAAGUUUCAGAGAUUGGUCCCAGUCAUUGUAGCUUUCAUUGAUCGCUUGAUAGGCUGUCAAAAGCAUCGUUGGUUGGGAGAGUGUUUGCUUCAAAAACUUGAUGAGCAUUUGCUUCCAAGAGUCAUCAUAGAUUAUAAAUUAGUUUCUUACUUCCCAAUAUUUGAUAGAAUUGCUGAAAAUGAUACAAUACCUCCUCAAGGAUUGUUAGAGCUGCUCACUAACUUAAUGGCUUUCCUCGUUGAGAAGCAUGGCCCAGACACAGGACUGAAGUCUUGGUCUCAGGGAAGUAGAGUGCUUGGGAAUUGCCGAACCAUGCUGAUGCACCAUCAUAGCUCUAGAUUAUUCAUUGGACUAUCACGCCUCCUUGCAUUCACCUGCCUGUACUUCCCUGAUUUGGAGAUUCGUGAUCAUGCAAGGAUCUACUUGCGACUGCUGAUUUGUAUACCAGGAGGGAAGCUCAGAGGCGUACUUAAUCAUGGGGAGCAACUUCUUGGCAUAGCACCAUCUCCACAUUCGAAUUCAUUCUUCAACAUUCAGUCUCCAAGGCACUAUCAUGAUAUCAAGAGGUCCAAAAACAUCUCAUCUUGUGUUCAUCUUGAGCGUGUGAUACCACCACUAGUCAAACAAUCUUGGUCCUUGUCGUUAUCAACCAUGGGUAUUGGGAGUAAUAAAUCUGGUUUUAUAGACAACAUUAGGGACACUGAACCUGUUGUUUAUGAAAGGGAACUUGAUGGCAGUAUUGAUCAUCAGAUUGUGUCUAAAGCAGAAAAUAUCAAUCAGCCACUUGAACCAUUACGUGUCAUGGAUUCUAAAAUUUCAGAAAUAUUAGGAAUACUCAGGAGGCACUUUUCUUGUAUUCCUGACUUCAGGCAUGUGGAAGGGCUGAAGGUUAGAAUAUCAUGUAGUUUGAGAUUUGAAUCUGGGCCUUUCAAUCAUUUGUGGGGAGAUGAUUCCUCUAUGGGUGGGUUGGAUGGAGUAGAUUCCCUUCCAGCCAUAUAUGCUACCGUGCUUAAAUUUUCAUCCUCAGCACCAUAUGGGUCUAUUCCUUCGUGUCACAUACCUUUUCUUCUAGGUGAACCUGCAAGAAAGGGUAGUUUUUCUGAUCAAAUGGUUUCACUAGAUGUUCCUGUAGAAAAUGGUUCUGGAGAAGAGGAAAGCUUUCGAGCUCAUGUAAUUAUUGAUUUGGAACCCUCCGAACCAUCACCUGGUCUUGUCGAUGUUUUUAUUGAAACAAAUGCAGAAAAUGGUCAGAUCAUAUAUGGCCAGCUUCAGAGUAUCACAGUAGGCAUAGAAGACAUGUUUCUCAAGGCUAUUUCCCCACCGGAUAUACCAGAAGAUGUAAUACCUCUUUAUUACUCUGAUUUGUUCAGUGCUCUUUGGGAGGCAUGUAGUACCUCUUCCAACACAGGGCGGGAGACUUUUACAUUGAAAGGAGGCAAGGGGGUUGCAGCAAUAAAUGGAAUCCAGUCAGUCAAGCUACUUGAAGUUCCUGCAGACACUUUGAUUAGGGCUACAGAACGCUACCUGGCACCCUUUGUUGUAAGCGUGAUUGGAGAGCAACUUAUCAACAUUGUGAAGGAUGGUGGAAUCAUUAUGGAUAUCAUCUGGAAGGAUUUGGCCUCUGAUUCGUUUCUUGAUGGUAGUAACUUCAGUACUGAUAUUGAGCCAGGGCCUCUGCAUCUUACUUACAUCGGGGAUGAAAAUGAAGGAGAAGGUCAGGUUAAUAUCAGUAAAAGAAAUAUGGGUUGCUUUCUCAUUUUGAUAUUUCUUCCCCCAAGGUUCCAUCUUCUAUUUCGAAUGGAAGUAUCUGAUAACUCAACUUUAGUUCGAAUUAGAACUGAUCACUGGCCUUGCUUAGCAUAUGUUGACGAUUAUUUGGAAGCAUUAUGUUUUGCUUAGGAGUAAAUUCUUUUCGUAAUACCUGUGCACAGAAAGAUGAGUUCAUCUAUAUUUUUCUCAUCAGCUUUUGUUUUUG